CCCCCAGUUGCUGGUUUUGGUUCAGUUAAACCGACAUCAUGGUGUCAAAGAAGGACUUUCUUGUGGCUGCUGCUGUUUUGGUUUUCGCCCUCAUUUCACACAGCGAGGGUAUACUUGGUGGCAGAGAGGCGGCGUCGCACUCUCGGCCCUACAUGGCCUCCAUCCAGGUGCCAGAAGGAGAGAAUCUGAAACACGAGUGUGGAGGGUUUGUGAUCGCAGAUCAGUGGGUGAUGACUGCGGUGCACUGUCUGCCAACAGGGCCAAAUGGAAGGAAAGUAGUGCUGGGUGUCCAUUCUCUGAGUGAACCUGAAGAGACGAAGCAGACAUUUGAUAUUUUGGAACUUUACAAUCACCCAGACUUCAGCGCGUCCAAUUAUGACAAUGACAUUGCUUUAAUCAAAUUGGAUCGUCCAUUCAACGUCUCUGAAGCUGUGAAAGCAGUGGAAUUCCUGCGAGCAGGUGGCACAAACCCCGACACAGAUGCAGUGGUGGAGACAGCCGGGUGGGGAUCCCUGGAUAACCUGGGGUCCAGGCCAGACAAGCUCAUGGAGGUGGUCAUCGAGGUGGUCAACUCCAAUCGGUGCAAACGCAGCGACUACUUUGGCAGAAAGUUCACCAAUAACAUGAUCUGUGCCCAUAAAGUAUGCCCAGACCCCUGUGAUCAACCACAUAAGAAAGAAGACACUUGUGAUGGUGACUCUGGAGGUCCUCUGCUCUACAAUGGCAUCGCAGUGGGCAUCACUUCCAACGGAGGAAAGAAGUGUGGCCAAAUUAAAAAGCCUGGAAUUUACACCAUCAUCUCCCACUACACUGAGUGGAUUGACAGCACCAUGGCCCUGCAGCCCGCUGCAACACCAGACCAAAGCAAUUAAAGAGCAUAUUAUCGCACUUUGGUUUCCACCACUGAGUCACUUAUUAUUGUACCUGCUAUGAAGGGCUCCAAUCCCCAUUUGCAACUAAUGCAUGGCUCUAGAGCAGAUGUGUCAAACUGAAGGCCCGCGGGCCAAAUCCGGCCAAUUGCAAAUUUAGCUCCGGCCCCCCUGGUUGUGGGCCAAACCAAAAAGACAGGAAACUGCAAUUAUCAGAAAUUCCCCCAGAAGCCGAGAGUUUUUAUAUUCAGCCUGUGAAACCGGUUAAACACAUUUGAAUACAGUCAAAAAUAUUUGACUUUUUUGAUUAAAUAUAAGCAUGAAAAUACACUGUACACGUCUGGCCCUUGAUGUGAUUCUCAUUUUCCAUUGUGGCCCUUGGUGAAGUUGAGUUUGACACCGCUGCUGGAGAGAUAUACAUCCACUUGUACUAACAGAUUAUCCAUCACUUUAUAAAGGAAUCAAUAAAAUACAGUUUAUCACGUUCA